AUGAGAGAGCAACAUGACAAGAAUGUGAGGGAGGAGGAGCUGAGUCUCCUGAUGGAAACACAUGAGGAUAGUGAUGAGGAAGAUGAUUCAAAUAUUGCCCUGAUAAGUGAAGAAACCACUAACCCAAAUUACACUGAGUCUUCUGACACGCUGACAGCUGAUGAGGAACUUUUUACUGAUGAGUGUAAUGGUGAUCAGCUUGCUGAGAAAGAAAGUGACAAGUCCUCUCAAAAUAAACAGGAAGAGGAUUUUGACGUGUACCUGUUGAGUUCCUUGGACGAAGCCAAUGUGAGUGCAGAUGAUGAAAUGCUUACUGAUGAGGACAGAAGUAAAGGGCUCACUGAGAAAGCGAGUGAUGAGUCCUCUAAAAAGAGACAGCAAGAAGAUUCGGACAAGCACCUGCCAAAGUCCUCAGACAAGGCUUUGGAGAGCUGUAAUGAAGAAAUUCCUAACAAGGGCUUUACCAAGAAACCAUUUCAGAACACUAUUAAACCAGUAAUUUGGUGUAUUAACUGUGAAGCUGUAGCUAAAAUGCUUUGUGUAAUUCAGAGGCACAAGAACUACUAUUGCUGUACGGCGUGUGUCUCUGGCAGUGAUGUCCAGAACCCCAGUUUAAAGGACUUCUAUGUUCAUUUUAGUGAUGCCCAGAGUUUUCGUCUGCAUGCCAUUGCUGAGCAUGGUAGCAACCUUUACGAACACAAGAUCUGUCAGGACUGUAAUAAAACAAUCAGGGUGGAGACGGACCGCAACAAGAAGGGUCAUGUGUGCGAGUACAAAAUCAAACCGUUUUCCUGUAAUGUGUGUCACAAACGCUUCAUCACUGAAAUUGUACAAAAAGUGCAUUACCGUCGCUUGCACAGAGACUACCAAAAUGCUUGUAAAUACUGCAUGAUGGUGUUUGAUACAAAACAGUCCAAGCUAGAGCAUGAGCAGAGUCACAAAGAAGACACGCUGUGCUAUAUAUGCCCAGACUGUCCAGAAAAAUUUAGAGAUUUUGUUACACGCAAUGAGCAUUUAAAGACCCACCCAGGUCAAAAGAAACACACCUGCAGCAUAUGCAAUAGUAAAUUUUCUGAGCUUUACAGAUAUGAGAGACACUUGCGCAUCCACUCAGGGGAGAAGCCUUUCAAGUGUGAGGUGUGUAACCGUUCCUUCAACCAGGAUGGACACCUGAAGUCUCACAUGCGUCUCCACACAGGAGAGAAACCCUUCCUCUGUGAGCAUUGUGGAGAGUCUUUUAAUCACAUCAGCCUGAGGAACCACCGGCAGAGGCACCAUGGCAUCACUGACUCUAGCUGUGUGCCAGCAGAGGAGAACAAACCAAUCGGGAGACCCAUAAGGAACGAAGAUCAACCUAGGAGGCAAAGAAAAAUGUGCUCUACUACUGCUGAUGCAGAGCUGGAGAGUUGCGAGUCUGACUCUGAUGAAGAGCAGCAGAAAAGAGGUUGGAAGAGGAAAGGCACAAGGAAGAAACAAGGAAAAAAUAAUGUACAUGCAGACAGUUGA